ACGAUAAAUUUACAUCGAAUGAUUUUGUAGGGAUCAUCAUCGUCGUCUGGAAAAAAAUAAAAAUAAAAUAAAAAUAAAAUAAAAAUAAAAAAAAAAGUAAAAAAAAUAAUACAAGUUGAGGAAGUGGAGAUGACUUGGUCAUUCGAAUGGUCAACGCUAGGAGUAUUGAUUCUUCUUCUCCUUAACUGUGGUACAUCAAGAUCUAUCGCGAGUAUCAACGAACCACCAAUUUUAUUAAAAGUCAUAGUUCCAGCGUCUCAUGUUGCAUUGUCCGGUGAUCUAACAAUUUUGAUAUUGGAAUCAUCUCAAGAAAGAUUUUCAACGAUUCCAAACGAAAUACAAACGGAUGAAAAAGAAAUUGUUGAAGAAAAUACUACAGAAAUUUUUCUUGAUAAUCCACUUAUUUUAAGAGUAUUAUUUCUAAAUGGACUUACAUCGGAAUUAAUCGGCGAAUUUCCAUUGGACACUUUACCGGAAAAAGGUGAAAAUGUUACCUUAACGAUACCCUGUGGAUAUUUUUCAAGAGGUGGAACUUAUACUUUGCAAUUGCAAUAUAAAUUUUCGAAAGUACCGUCAAAGAUAACUGAUAUCGCUGAUUUGUCGACCAUUCAGAUGAGCAAUGCAUUAGAUGUAAAGUGGCCAACUCCGUCAUUAUUUUUGGAACGUCAAAGAUUUACGACUUAUCCAAACGUACCAAUAUCAGCUACUUUAAGGUACAAAGAAAUCUUUUGUGAACCUUCAGAAAAGGUUCCAGCUGCAGCGUACACGUUACAAUUAAUUUACUGCGGUUCCAGUACAGUAGCGUGCGAUCCACAAAACAAAAGUCGUGUUCAAGUCCUUUAUCAUGAAGAAAUAAAAGGAUUUCCUACGGAAAAGCAUAUUAUACUUCAUUGCGAGUAUUUUGGUCUUGCCGGUGAUUAUGCUAUUAGAUUAAAAGCAUCACCAGCAAAUCCAAAUGCACCUACGACUAGUGCAUAUAUCAAAGUUGAUUGGUCGGAAGAAUUUGUCUUCAGUGUUCAUGCACGAUCGAUUUAUCCUUGUGAAGGAUCAAGAGGUGUACCAGUUAUAUUCGAAUAUCCAUCCUGCCGACUUCAAGGGGACCGUGUGCGAGUUUAUGGUCGUCUUAGGGCCAAUGUUCAAUCACUCGCACCACCUUCCACCCUUCAUUACAUAGCAGAACUCAAAGCUGUACCAGGGAAACACACGUUGACUUUCGAAUGUGACAUAUUUAAAGAAAAAUUUAUCGAGUAUUGUUUCGUUUAUGUCAGUCAAGCCAUAACAGGGGCGAUGGCUGAAGUGAAACUUUCUUGUAUUCCAACGUUCCCUUUUAAAGAAAAUGAUGCUGGUGGUUGGGGAUCGUGGAGUCCAUGGACACCAUGUAGCAGUUCAUGCAUCGGUGGAAUUAGAAAUCGUUACAGAUUUUGCGACAAUCCACCUCCUAGAUAUGAUACUAAAUUUUGUCAGGGUAAAGCCGUUGAAACGGAAUCCUGUGGUGGAUCUUUGUGGCUUGGUUUACGUGAUACAUGGAAUAUGGCUGAUUGGGAUUGUCAUCAUGGUACCGAAUUAGCUGCCAUACGACCAGAAGUUACAGCACAGAUCGGAGUUAAAUGUCGUUGCGGUUGUUUGAUUACGCUCGGUGAAGUAACAUCGAGAAAAAUUUUAGCAGCUAAUACACAGGCUUGUCCUGGCCGUUCGUUUUGGUUGGUUGAGGCAAGACAAAACUUUGUAGUCAGAUUGCACGUAGAUCAAGCACAAUUUCCAUGCCCAGGACAAUAUUUUCGUGUACGAGACGGCGAUUCAUUGAGUGCUAAUCUUUUAACAGAUAUAGCUUUUGAUAAGUCUAUACCAUCAACGAGAACAAUUAUUUCUACUGGUGAACAUUUAUUGUUAGAAUUCUUCAGCGAUGAAAUAACAGCGGCUGGUGAAUCUUGCGUCGGUGGUUUUCUAGCUCAUGCUGUCAUUAUUUAUAAACCACGAGAAAGGAAUGAUACGUUAAUGUCGGUGCCUUUUAAACAUAAUUCCACGUCCGUCGUCGGUGAAUGGAUAUUUUGGAUGACACCCGCCCAUUUAGUUGCGGCGUCUUUAUUAAUGUUAAUAUUUUUCAUAUCUAUUUCUCUAGCAUUGCAAUUUGCCUUUAAAUAUAGGAAAUAUCAUAUCGCCGAGGAUUUGGAUAAUUUGAGCGAAUAUUCUGUAUGUAGCGAUUCUGGACCAAAUACAGUGAGACGCGAGAAGACUUUAUCUUCCGCAACUUUAAUCUCCGAAGUAGUUUCUUUGGUCAGAUUAUCAAGAAGAGGUACACCCAAUCAUAUGAAACUUGAAAGCACAUCGUGCGGAGCUGAAGAGGAUUAUGAUAGUUCUGAGACACAAGCAGAAUACGAGGAUGAAACUACUGCAAGAUCAGGUACAUUGAAGUUAAAUGAUUCUGAAGCUAGUGGCUCACAAAAUACUAUAGUUUCUAGCAAGGACAUUACCGAGAGCGUAUCUUUCAUGUCAAAUAUCGUUUUUGUUGGUCAGCCUGAAGUGAAAUAUGCUAGACCUGUGAAAUUACGAACGAUAGGAUUACAAAGUCCUACGUUCGAUCAAGAUUCAAUUGCAGACGAGAGUAAAAUUCAAAUUGCAUCGGAUGAUAGUACGAACAAUGGAAAGCUUUGUCAAUAUGAUCCUAGCAAUGUUUUGCGAGGCAAGGAAUUUUCUCCCGUACGAAUGUAUUCUAACGUCCCAACUUUGCGUACCGGGAAGGAAACGAAAGAUCGUAGAAAUCGGGAACGUCUACUUCACGGGCCAGGAUCGGAAUACAGUAUAACUAAUCCCGAAAUGGAUUUGGAGUUGGACUACUAUGACUACAAUGUUGCGAAUGCAGGUGCCGCUCCUGGUUCCUAUCUGGGUAUGGACCCAGCUUUCUUAGUCUGGAUACCACCGUUGUUGUCUUCGGAUUCUGAUAUCAUUCCCAUGGAAAAUGUAGACAGUCGUCUGAUGAUGGAAGGACAACUAGGAAGGGAAGGACUGGUGCUAGGUACGGAAGGAGCUACUUUAACUCCCAGCGAGUAUAGAAGAAUGAAAAUGUUGAGACCUGGCGAAUCCAAAUCAAAUUUAGGUAUUUGUCCUAAUACCGAGCAAAAUCAAGGUGAUACUUUAAAGAAAUGCGAAUCCAAAGGUAACUUUCUCUCGGAUGAGGACUCCUAUGAUGGUAAGGAAAUGUUGAUUGAACGACUACUUCCUAUUCAUCGAAUCCUUGAAGAUUCUAGAAUCAGAGUGAGCGAGGAAUCGUUGUCCAGUCAAGCAUUUAGAGAUAGAACGAUAUUACAAAAUAUUAUUCCUAAUCGACUUUACGAUAAUAAUUCAACGUCUAUUUCUAAAUCUGAAUCAAAUGUAUCACCAGAAAAGAUUGUUGAUCAAUCGUUGGUAGAACAGAAACAAGCGAAUCUUCCGAAUUCGUCGAAAGGUAAUAAUCGAAGUGGUAUUACCAAUGUUAAUAGUGUCGAUAAUAAUGUCGUCCAGGUAGAGGAUAAAGAUAAGAAUGUAAUAAAAUCACCAUUGAGCGUUAAACGUAAUCGUCCGGAUGGUAGUUAUUCCAAAUUAUUGUCAUACGUUGGAUAUAAACCAAAAAGUAGUAGUACUGUUCAAACUGACGAGAAGAAAAACGAUGAAUUAAUCGUUGGUAAUGAAAAUAAUAGCGAACAGAAUACGAAUGAUAAUGCGAAGGACAAUGAAAAGUCCAAAUCGUUGCUUUCUAAUUUAGAUCUAACUAACGUUAUGCAAUACAAGUACAAAGAUUUCACGAAUUUUACUCAACCGUGUGAAAAUAACAAACAUCUAGAUAUCGUUAAUAUUCCUAUGACGGAAUUAUCACGUGGUUGUAUGAAAUCUCCCGUUAAAGUUCAUAAACAGGUGGAUAAGAAAAGAAUAGUUGUACCGCAAGAAGAAAUUCUAAGUCCCGAUUAUGGUGUUGAAACCGAUAUGAAGGAUGAAUCGCACGAAUCUUUUUACGAUUUAAUUCGAGAAUCUGAAAAUGAAAUUAAAUACGCGGACGAGGACGACGAAUAUAUUGAUAAUAAAGUCAGUACAUAAAAAAAAAAAAUAUAACGUCAAAUCAAAUGAUAGAAAUCAAAAAUGAAAAUCAAAGAAAUGAAGGGAUGUUCGCCGUACUCGCCAUCUUUUUUUUUUGUUUUUUUUUUUUUUUUUAAAGAAAGGAGCCUCCGUCCCAAGUAAUUUCAAUCUUCGUGAUCAUAUUAAUUUCAUAUGCCAAAGAAUUCAUUUUUUUAAUUGUAAAUAUUAAUUAUACAGUGUCACUAUUUAAUAUAACUAUCGUUACAAUAGUAAGAAAGGAAAACAAAGAAAAAAAAUUAAUCAAUGUGUCUAAAUAGCACACUGCAAUGAUUCAUAGAAAUAUUGUUAUAGUUCUUGCAGCUACCCUUUGAAAAAUUAAUAUAUAUUCCAAUGAAAAAAAAAAAAAACAAAUGAAUUACUAUAUCUAACUACUAUAUAAAUAUAUACAUACAUAUAUAUAUAUAGAUCGCCAUACUUCCUCUACUUUGCUGAACUUUUGAUACGUUAAACAACAAGAUUAAAGAGAAGAAUCAAAGUAAAAAUAAAAAAUAAAACAAAUUAAAAAAAAAAAAAAAAAGCAGAAAUUAUUGACCGUGCCUUAGGAGAUUAAAAGAAUUGUUGCUAAUUGUACUAUUUCAUCCAUUUGUAGUAAAUUCAUUGAAAGUUUUUCACAUAAAGUUGAAAUUAUUCUAGAAUCUAGAUAUUUUUUCAAAUUUCAAUUUAUUAAUUAAAUAAAUAAUACUUAGAAGAAAGUAGUACAUCACGUAAACACAUAUCACGAGGCAUUUAAAAGCCUUAUUAGAUUAAAAAUAUUAGAAAAUCAUCGAUUACCUCAAAACCAUUGGAACAUAAUAUUUUCGCUUAAACAUUUAAAUGUAAUUAUACAUACUUAUUGCUUAUUAAUUGUGACAAUUUGAGAAAAUAACAAUAUAUACUUAGAUAUAUAUCGUAUAUAUAAUUUUUGAAGUAUAUCUAUGAAAUAGCAUAUAUAUAAUAUGGGGCGCAGGGAGCCCAUUAAUUUUCAAUGGCUUCAUAUGGAAUUUAUACAUUAUCCCCUUUAAUCGAUCUUAUGUUAGUUAGAACGUAUCGAAAGUAUCUGUAAAUCGAUAGAGGAAGAAUCUUUCAUUAUCUUCAAUAUGAAACGAAGCCAAUGCAAGGCUCCUCUUCGUAUUAGAAAUUAAAAAAAAAAAAAAAGAAAAAUACCAUGAACGGCUUCUGCUUUGUCAUUUCAAUAGAAACACGUAAUUAAAUAGCAUUCAAUUUCAUUCAAUAGAUUUCGAAAUUUUUGAUUUUAUAGUUAACAUAUCAAGCUGUUAAUAAUAUUAAUAAAACGUUUAAGAUUUCAUUUGUACGAUUAUAAAUAAUUCACAAUGAAAGAGGAGCCUUGUACAACAGAUUAUCCGUGAAAUAAUAUUAAUAUACAUAAUGAAAAUAUUUAUUGAUUUGUAAUCAAAUCAAAAAAGAGGAAUUGAAUUGAAGUUAACUAAACAUACGUUAUGGUCAAAGUUCCUCUGACGUGUUUUUGGAAACCAACUUUCAACGCGAGUAUUGGCGAUCUAAUCAAUUUCUAUCGGAUAUCAAAAAAAAA